AUGCUGGAAUCCUUGUGUUCGCUGUAUUCGUCGCUGAAUGAGUCAGACUUGUGGUAUUUCAUCUGCCUUCAGCGCUUAGAGAAUCACGACUUGAUCGCUGCUCUCUCCCUCGAACAAGAUGGUCGAUAUUCGCAAGCGGCAGAAGGAUACGAUGCUGUGAUGAUAUCUCAACGAAAGGAAAUCAACAAAGGACGAUAUACCGAACGAAGUUUUAAGGAGUUGCGCUUGUGUGAAGAACGAUGGAUACACUGUCUUAAAGAACUUGGUGAAUGGAAUCACUUGCAUGAGGUUUCUUCGAAAAAGUCUUUUGGUGAUCCGUUGCUGCAUUUGGAAACUUCUUGGCGCACUUGGAACUGGACGUCUUUAAAAGAUACUCUUCAACAGCUCGAAAUCAGUUGCCCAAAGGAUUUCAGUUGGAAAGCGAACUUGUACCGUGGUUAUCUGUACAUGUACAGCCCUGAAGAUCAGCAAUCCGGCUCAAUCAACGUCGUUGUUGACCUGUGCAACAAACAGUUAAUCAAGGAAUGGCGUCGCCUGCCACCCGUCGUCUCCAUCAGCCAUAUGCCGAUUCUGCAGGCUUCGCAAUUAGUCGUCGAGCUUCAGGAAGCGGCAAGCUUAUUGACGGCGUUUACUUCGAACGGAUCACAGCGCAACUUUGCGAAUGACUUGAAACCUGUCAUUAAAACAUGGAGAAACCGUCCUCCUGUGAUUAACGACGAUUUGUAUUACUGGAAUCAACUGAUUGGCUGGAGGCUUCACAACUUCGAACAGAUUGUUGACAUGUUGGGAAAUGAGCCAGUAUGGUUUUAUCAGCAGGCCCAGCAGAUACUUUUAUGUACUCACGCCAUCUCUAGGUGCCUGUUGCAGUUCGCCCAGACAGCAAAGAAGCGAGGCGAUUGCGUUUUAGCAUUCGACACUCUCCAAAGGCUACACGCCGUACCCAGCCUGCCUGUUUAUGACAUCUACCAAAAGGUCCGACAGCAAAUCAAAUGCUGCAUCAAGUCUGCGCUGUACAACCGAAAGCCGUCGACAACGCCCGAGUAUUUGCACCAGGGAUUGGAUGUAAUUGAUAAUUGCAAUAUUUCGCUAUUUCCUAAGGACUAUAUCGCCGAAUUUUACUCACUGAAGGGAAAUAUUCUUUCGCAAUUAUGUCGUUGUGAAGAGGCUCGAAAGGCUUUUCAGACUUGUUUGCAGUUGAACGAUGGCUGCGUUCAUGGAUGGGCGCAGUUUGGUGAGCAUUUGGAAAACCUGUUUUUGAAGGAAAGACACUUUUCGGACGCCGUUCAAGCUUUGGUGUGCUUCCUGCAGGCAGCAAAGCUUAGCACCGAAUCAAAAUCCCGAAAAUACAUCGUUAAGGUGAUGUGGCUGCUAAAAUUCGACUGCGACAACGUCAUGCAUGAGCAUCUACUCACCUACGGUUUGACUAUGCCUCCUGGCAACUGGGUGUUUUGGAUCCCGCAGCUCCUGUCGCAUUUGUACGAAUAUCACAAGACUGCCGUUGUUACAUUGUUAAAGUACAUUUCGAGGACGUAUCCAGAAAUUGUCUUUUAUUACACCAAGGCAAUGGCACGUGAUAUUAGUGCUUCCUAUGAAGCACAAGGCGUUGUCCCUACCGAUGACGUGUAUCUGCAGGAAAUCCUCACGGAAAUCGAAACUGGCCAUUCGAGUCUUUACACGGUUCUUACGAACAUUCAUCGUGAGUUGUGCAACGAAUUUCGCGAGACAUGGAUCGAAAAGGCGAUUCACCUGGCUCAUUCAAUGCUGCAGUACUGUCGGCGGUAUGCAUUCGAACACAGAAACGACAUGGACGACAGUCUGCUCCCGACUUACUUAAGGAGUCAGCUAACGAAAAUCUAUGAUCUCGUGUCAUUCGACAAUGAUCUAUUGAUCAAAGUUGAAAAUAUUUUUGGCAAUGUGGAUUUUGCUCCGUACGCCUCUCGAAACAUCACUCCAGUCACCGAAAUGCUAUCGAGGCUCUGUCGACGCUUAGAGACGUACUACUUCGAUUUGCCACAUUCUAGCUUCCUGCCUGACUACAGUUUGUACCUGUCGUUUUACAGCAGUAGGGUGGCGCAGAUCAACAUUCCUGGAGAAUCGCUCUUUGCUAGGGUGCGUGAUUCUCACAACUUUAUGCUUUGUGGGAGAUCUUUCCUUUUUUACGUCAUUUAUUGUCGCUAUACUUUUGGAUUAUUAUAAAU